CAUAAAUGACAUUUAAAAAAUACGAAUAUUGAAACUAAGUCUAGUAAUCAAAACAUGCUACUGUGUACUACCUGUAAUGCAGGGAAAAGUUAUUAUAUUUACAAGGAAUACAAAUUUAUAUUUAUAUCGUAGUCUUAGUUUUUCUUAUGACUUCAUUAACAUAAUAUACCUAUCCGCCGUAUUGAUUUAGCAUUGGUUUAAUAAAAGAAUAUGUAUAAAAUUAUUGUAUAAAAAGUAUAGUAUAAUUAUUUAAAAAAGAAUGAAUAGCGAAGAUUGGCGUGAAAUGCAAACUGAGGAAAUAGAAGCUAUACAAGCAAUAUAUAUGGAUGAUUACGUAAACUAUUCUGAGGGCAAUGGAUCUCCAGAAAUUGUUUUGAAAUUAACACCAUUACAAAGUGUUGUGGGAAAGGAUGUUCAUGCCAGGGUUGAUCUUCGAGUUCUAUUUACCACACGUUAUCCAUAUGAUCCUCCUGUUUUAAAAUUGGAAAAUGCAAAAGGUAUUUCAAAUGAAAAUUUGAAGCAGCUAUUUGGAAAUCUUAAUAAAAUGGCUCUCAGUUUGUGUGGUGAGGUUAUGGUGCUACAGUUAGCACACCAUGUUCAAGAAUUUCUUCAUUCACAAAAUGUUCCAAGUCUUUCUUUUCAUGAUCAAAUGCUUGCCAACCAAAAGAAGCAAGAAACAAUGGAAUUACUUGAACAAAAGAAAUUGCGAGAAGCAAAAUAUGCAGAAGAUGAGGGUUUAAAUCAGCAAGUAAAGGAAGAAUUAUUAAGGAGAGAAGUUGCACUCAAAAAUGAAAGACAGAAGCGUCAGAACAGUCAAUCAGAAAAACAGAGCAAUGAUUCUCUUAUAAAUAAAUUUUCUUGUUUGCGUUCUGAUACUCCAAAGAUAUCUGUUGUAGUGUUUAAGAAAAAUAUGGAAAAAAAAUUCUUUUGCAGUUCAUGUGUUGCUCAUUAUUUUGAUGGCGCAUGCACCUUAACUGCCAUAGAAGAUUGUUCUGGAAAAAUAUUUUCAGUUGUUCAAUGGAAUAUUAAAAGUCUUCUUAAAAAAAGUAUGGAAAAAGGGAAAAUGCCAUCCAAUGAUACAGUUUCAAGGCAGGUUCAACUAAUUGAACAAGAAAGUACACAUUUGAGCAGUAAGGUUUUAUUUGAUGGUAUCAUAAGUUAUCAUAUGCUAGAAGUAAGUCAAGAUAACUUGAACAUCAAGCUUUUAGUAGACAACUUAAACGGUCUUCCUUUAUCCAGUUUUAUUCAAAAAGGUGGUGUGCCUAUUUCUUUUAUUCGUGAGAUUUCUGAGCAACUUAUAGAAAAACUGGAAUUUCUUCAUAGUCUUUUGGUGAUUCAUAGGGACUUAAAUUUGUGCAAUACAUUUAUUAGCAGUAGUAACAAAUUAAUUAUUAGUGGAUAUGGUGUGAUGAAGCGGAUAUCAGAUUAUGUUAAUAUGUUUACUGAAGAUAUCAGUUGUGAUAAUGAAAUAAAGAUUAAGCAAGAUGUUUUUUUUCAUAGUUAUCAAAAUUUAAUUAAACCAGGGAAAAAGGGAGAUAUUUUUUAUAUGGGAUUAAUUCUUCUAUCAUUGUACACUGGGAAAGUUGAUCAUGGUUAUCCAAUAGUUAUUCCUAACACUAUCAUGGAACCUUUCAACUCAUUUCUUAAAAGUUGUCUUGCUGCUGAUGAAAAAAAAAGACUAAGUUUACAUGAACUAGCUCAGCACAAAUUUGUUUGUGAAAAAUUAUCAUCCGUUCAAGUAUCAAGAUUCAUGCACGAGAAUGUUUCUAAAGAUAUGUAUGAUAAAUCAGAUAAAGUUGAUUUUAAAAUACAUUUGUGGAAUGAGCAAUUAGUAUCGGGAAAGUCAAGGUUAAAAAGUGAAUUUGAAGACAUUCAUUGGUUGGGCAAAGGAGGUUUUGGGAGUGUUCUUAAGGCAAGAAAUAAAUUAGACAGCAAUUUUUAUGCAGUUAAAAGAAUACCAUUGAACCCAAAGAGUUCACAUUUAAACAAGCGUAUUACCAGAGAAGUUAAACUUUUAUCAAGAUUAAAUCAUGAAAAUGUAGUCAGGUAUUAUAACUCAUGGAUUGAAGCAGAAGAUGUUCAAUUACCAUUAGAAUCAAAUACAGAAAGUGAUCAAAGUUAUCGCGUAGUGUGUGACAAGCCUACUCAAAAUAGUUCACCACAAGUUCCUCGAAAAAAAAAAUCGCUGGAAGAAAGUCUUUUAAAAAUGAAUAUGAUUGAUGAUUUUAAUAUAGAGAAAAAUACGAGUACAGAGCAAUCCUGGUGUGAAAUCAGUAAAAGGGCUAAAAGCUUAUCUUCUUCAUCCUCAUCGUCAUUUUCAUCUGAUGAAAAUAACAGAAAUUGGAAACCAAAAUCUUCAAAAGAUAUAUUAAAAAACUCAUUUGGAGAAAUGUCAGAGGCAGUUGUUUUUGAAAUUGAUGACUCGUUAAAUCAAUCUGAUUCAGAUGAAUCUGAUGAUGAUGCACUUUUGCAGAAAUCAGAAAAUGUAACUUCUACAACCCAAAGUUCAGAUGCUCCUCUUCAGUUUUUAUAUAUUCAAAUGGAAUUUUGUGAAAAGCAAACGCUUAAGUCUGCUAUUGAUGAGGGAUUAUACAAACAACCAGAUAGAGUUUGGAAGUUAUUUCGAGAGAUUGUGGAAGGCAUAGCUCAUGUUCAUGCCCAGGGUAUUAUUCAUCGUGAUUUAAAGCCAGUAAACAUUUUUUUGGAUUUUACUGACAGAAUUAAAAUUGGUGACUUUGGGCUUGCCACUUCACAUGCAUCAUUUAAUCUUGAUGCAACAGCACUUUUUCAACCUUGUGACUCUACUUAUUCAAACGAUGAUAGGAUGACAGGUAAAGUUGGAACAGCUCUUUAUGUCGCACCAGAACUUGGACAAUCAAAUAGUCGUAUUAAAUUCUCACAAAAAGUUGAUAUAUAUAGCUUAGGCAUAAUUUUGUUUGAAAUGUUUUAUCAUUUUGAAACAUCUAUGGAGAGGGUUAAGAAUAUAGCCUUACUUCGAACGGAUAAAAUCAUUUUUCCUCAAGACUUUACUGAUAAAAAAUAUGAAAAAGAAAAGUACCUUAUAAGUUGGCUUCUCAAUCACUCCCCUGAUUCUCGUCCAACUGCUUUGGAGUUAAUGGAAAGUGGAUAUUUACCCCCGAGAAUUGAAGACAGCCAAUUAGAUGAGCUAAUUAAACACACAUUAUUUCAAAAGAAUUCAACAAGAUAUCAACGACUAAUAUCAGCUUUUUUUACUCAAAGUGUUUCUCCAGUCUCUGAUCAGAUAUAUGAUAGUGAUUUGCUUGGUAAAAAUGAAAACCACACAAUACAACAAGCUCGCAUUCUGCAAUAUGUGCAAAGCAUUAUGACUAAUAUAUUAAAGAAACAUGGAGCUGUAUUUAUUGAUACACCUUUACUAACACCUAAAGGAAAAAAUUAUGAAAAUAUUCAUAAUCUUGCUUGUGUUUUGGAUCCUAGUGGAUUACAGUUAUGUCUUCCAGUUGAUUCUAGACUUAGUUUUUCAAGAUUUAUUAUUAGAAAUAAAAUAAACCAUAUUCGUAGAUAUUGUUUUAGCAAAUUGUAUAAAGAUUUUGGAAUUAAAGGAGCUCAUCCAGUUGAAUCAUGGGAUUGCUCUUUUGAUAUUGUUUCAAACUCAUUCUCAAGCUUCUUGCCAGAAGCAGAAAUUAUGUAUAGUGUUUAUGAAAUAAUCAAGGAGUUUCCAUCUUUAACUCAAAGAAAUUUAUACAUUCGACUUAAUCAUUCAAAGUUCAUUGAAGCAAUUUUUUUGCAAAAUGGAUUUAGUGACGAAGCUCAACAAGAAGUAUAUCAUAUACUUGAGCAUGUCAUUGAUAAGAAACAGCAAAAUUCAAUGUUAAAAGAUUUUUUUAUAUACUUGGGUCUUCCAGAGCAUGUUAUAACACGCUUGCUAGUUUGUUUUACUUUUGAAGGAAGUUUAGCAAAAGCAAAAGAGAGUUUACAGCUUUUAUGCAAAUCAAAAGCAGAAGUAAGUACCCUAGCUAAACAAGCGUUUUCUGAAAUAGAAAAACUUAUAAAACAUCUAAAAAACAUGUUCGUUGACAUUCCUGUUCACAUUUGUACAUCACUAAUCCACAAUUCUAAUUGUUAUUCAGGACUUAUAUUUCAAUAUGUAGCAGAAAAUCAUAGAAAAAAUAAAUAUGGAAGAUUGGACAUAAUAGCUGUAGGCGGAUGCUAUGAUAAACAAAUUGAGUCAUUGAGUAAAUAUGCUGAAUCAACUUUACCUCAUGCAGUUGGAGUUAGUUUAGAAGUUGAGUAUUUUUUACAUGCUGCACGUAAAGAUAAAAUUGACUCUUUAAACCCGCACAUCAGUAAUUGUGGUGUCAUUGUUUGUUCAUUGACCAGUUGUACUAAUUUAAACUCUUUAGUGAAUGUUAUACGUGACUUGUGGGCUGGAGGUAUUAGUGCUGUCUUAUACUCUUAUGACUCUGAACAAAGUUAUACUAUUGAAGACAUUCAAAAUUACUGCAAGGAAAAUAGUGUAAAUCAUAUUGUUGCAAUAAAAGAUUCUUUUAUAGGGGUACGAUCUAGAGAGAAAGAAAAGUUUGGUGAUUGGCGUGCUCUUUCUGGAAAAGAACUAAAUGAUUACCUAAAUCAACGCUUGUUAUGUAAAAUAGAACAUAGAACAGAAUCUAGAGAAGUGGAAACAGUAACCAAGGCUAAUCAUCUUCAGCCAAUUAAUUCAACUUUAUUUUUCACUUUUGUUUCUGUUGACAAAAUUGAUUCUGGAAAGAAGAAAAAAUUUGAAAACAGUUUUUGCUCAAAGUUUCUAAGUGAAGUUCACAGAUGUUUUGGAAAUAAUUCAAUUCAAGUAGUUGCUACAAAAUUAGAACGUCUUGAACUGAUGUCUGUUGCAGCUUAUCUUGAGUUAAAUGGUUCCAACGAUGAGUUUGAUUCUAGUGUUCGUUCAUUGAUGGAUAUGUUUAAAGAACGUGGUCAAUUUAUGAAAAGAGUCUGCAAUACAAUACAUAAAGUUUACACUGAAAGCCGAUCUGUUGUUUUACUGUACUCUUAUGUUGCUGAGUGUUAUAAAGUUUUUACAUAAUUUUUUAACAUUACAAUUGUUGGUGUUUUACCCAACAGACUUGCUUGUAUAUAUAUAAAAAAAAAUAUAUUGUUUUUUAUUA